AGCUUCUCCCUAUCCCCUCAAAACACAAUCCUUCUCUCUCACCUAAUUUUCUUUCCUUCAAAAAAAGAGAAGAAGAAAAAAAAAAUCAAUCAUCUCAAUUACUUCCUCUCCUUUCUUUCUUUCUAUCUAUUCUUGAAUUUCUCAAACUAACCUUUUGUGUACCAAUCCAUCAAUCAAUCAAUCAGUUUCUCCAAUUAAGGCAAAUACUAAUACAACAUGGAUCAUCUUCAUCUUCAUCUUCAUCAUCAGCAGCAACAACAACAACAACAAUUUGUUAAAGGGUUCUCAUCUUCAUCCACAAACGGGAGAGUUUACGAUUACAACAACAAUAAUUUUGAUAAUACGAUGAAUAAUUAUCAAAGCGUUGUCCAACAACAACAACAACAAGUUUCUGCCAGUAGUGGAACAAGCAAUAGUAGCUUGGAAGACGAUGAAAUGAUGAGUGGCAACGUCUCAUCGGAAGGUGGCGGCGGAGAAGACUUGAGAAGAGGGCCGUGGACGGUUGAGGAAGACUUCACCUUAAUCAACUACAUCGCCCGCCACGGCGAAGGCCGGUGGAACUCCCUUGCCCGCUGUGCCGGUAAAUUCACCGAUCAUUUCAUUCAUUUCUCAUAUACAUAUAUCUAAUAUAGUACAAUGAUAUUGUAUAGUACAAGUUAAUGUGUGAACUUUACCAAAAGAGUUUAAUCAUUAUGGGACCCUUCUUUUUUUAAAUUUUUUAUUAAUGUGGCUUGUAUAUGAUGAUUAUGAUUUUUUCAGGUCUAAAGCGAACUGGAAAAAGCUGUAGAUUAAGGUGGCUGAAUUACCUACGCCCGGAUGUUCGACGUGGAAACAUCACCCUUGAAGAACAACUCUUGAUUCUUGAACUCCAUUCUCGUUGGGGAAAUAGAUGGUCGAAAAUAGCACAACAUUUGCCGGGUCGGACCGACAACGAAAUCAAGAACUACUGGAGAACCCGGGUUCAGAAGCAUGCCAAGCAGCUUAAAUGUGACGUGAACAGCAAGCAAUUCAAGGACACCAUGCGUUACCUCUGGAUGCCAAGGUUGGUCGAGCGGAUUCAGGCCGCCGCCGCAGCCACCACCACCACCACUUCCUCCGCUGCCGCCACCACCGUCGUCAACCCAACCUCCUCCUCCUCCUCCAACUACGUCAACAACUACCACCAACUCAACCCUCAAAUGAUACCGACCGCCGCCGUUUCUGGUGGGUUUACACCGGAGAACUCGAGCACCACUGGCGGGGCAGCCUCGUCGGACUCAUUCGCCACCCAGUUCUCGCCGGUUUCUGACUUGACGGACUGCUACAAUAACUACCCUCCGGCAGUUAAUCAAGGCAACGGUGUUACUACUAAUACUACUAAUCCUCCACCGCCACAAGAUUAUAACUAUUAUCAUGGCGGCGAGCCCAGCGCCUUGAUAAGCCCCACCGCGGCUUACUUCCAAGGUUUGGACAUGCAAAUCAACGGUGACAACAACAACAACAACAACAACGUUAACAUGAGUUGGAUGACGAUGAUGGACGGUGGAGAUUUGUCGACAGACAAUUUAUGGAAUGUGGACGACGCUUGGUUCUUGCAGUAGUCCAGCUGAGCUAGUAAAACUAUACUUAACACAAAUUUCAUUAAUUUCCACAUAAUUCCAUCCCUCUCCAAUUAAUCACUUGUUUUAUUAUUUAGUUUUUUUUUUUAAGAAAAAAAACCUUUGGGGUGUUAAAAUUGAAGGGAAAAUUUCCAUAGAGUGAUCGGGUAAUUUAGUUGAUUAACAUGUUGAUGAUACACAAGAAAAAGAUAUUAAAGGGUUCUUGAAUCAUCAACACGGUUAAUUAAUUGAUAAUCCUAGCUAGUACAAUUUGUUAGGACACAAAACUGAGAGAAGAAUUGAUUUGUACUUUUGUAGUAAUAUUGGAGAUGAGAGAGAGGAUAAUUAGUAUAUAUAUUUAUAUAUGUAUACGUACGAUUAUGAUCAUGUAAUGUUUGUCAUCUUUCUGUCCAUCCCUUGUAAUAUUUUUUUCCUUCCCAAUUUGAGGGUUCAAUUUAUUUAGUUCUUUGGUUGAUUUCCAUAUAUUAUAAGUUUAUAACUACUAUAGACUUCAUACUUUUAGUUCCAAUUUACAGAUAUAGUUAUUUUUGUCAUCUCUAUAUGGAUUAGGCUUUCGAGUUUAAGGGUGAUUUGAUUUGUUCAUAUUAGGAAAGCUAAACUGAGAUUAUUCUUUUUUUCUCUGAUAGUAUCAUCAUCCAUGUAUAUAUAAUAUUCCACCAGU